AAAGCGUAAAAGCCAAGGGAAAAAAAGAAGGCAAAAAGAGAGAGAGGGGGGAGGCACCAAAAUACCACUGCUGCUACGUUCCCCUCUCCUUCCUUCCUCCACCGCGCCGAAACCCUCGCCGCCGCCGCCCUCGGAUCCCUCGCCGCCGCCGCCCUCGGAUCCCUCGCCGCGGCGGUGAUCACCGCCCCGCCUCCCGGUGGCCGCGGCGGGGACGCGGGACCCUCCCGCCGCGCCAUGAUCUCGCGCCUCCACGCUCCGGUGCCCCGCGCCGCCCUCCAAUAGGAAGGAAGAGACAAGGAGACUCUCCCUCUCUCUUUCAUGCAGCCAGGGAUGGAGUCCCUCCAAGGGAAGGAGAGCAAUGGCGCCGUUCCUGACUGCAAUGGGGCUGCUGCUCCCCCUGCCAAGCAGCUGCCGGAAGGGGCUGACGCCCUUCGCUAUGCCAACAUCCUACGGUCACGCAACAAAUUUGCUGAUGCUCUCCAGUUGUACACUACCGUUCUUGACAAGGAUGGAACGAAUGUGGAGGCCCUUAUCGGAAAAGGGAUCUGCCUCCAGGCCCAGAGCCUGCCAAGGCAGGCCUUGGAUUGCUUCACCGAGGCUGUCAAGGUCGAUCCCAAGAAUGCCUGUGCUCUCACGCAUUGUGGGAUGAUAUACAAAGACGAAGGUCACUUGGUUGAGGCCGCAGAGGCUUAUCAAAAAGCUCGAAGUGCGGAUCCUUCCUAUAAAGCUGCUGCGGAAUUUCUUGCUAUUGUUUUGACCGAUCUUGGAACUAGCUUGAAGCUUGCAGGCAAUACAGAAGAUGGGAUUCAAAAAUAUUGUGAAGCUCUUGAAGUGGAUAGCCACUAUGCGCCUGCUUAUUACAACCUUGGGGUGGUUUAUUCGGAGAUGAUGCAGUUUGACGUAGCUCUUACUUGUUAUGAAAAAGCUGCAUUGGAGAGACCAUUGUAUGCUGAAGCUUAUUGCAAUAUGGGGGUUAUUUACAAGAAUCGGGGAGAGCUAGACGCAGCAAUUGCCUGCUACGACAGGUGCUUGACUAUUUCCCCCAACUUUGAGAUUGCUAAGAAUAACAUGGCAAUAGCACUAACCGACUUGGGUACAAAGGUUAAAAUUGAAGGUGACAUCAAUCAAGGCGUGGCAUAUUACAAGAAAGCUCUGUUCUAUAAUUGGCACUAUGCUGAUGCAAUGUAUAAUCUUGGUGUUGCAUAUGGUGAAAUGUUGAAUUUUGAGAUGGCUAUUGUUUUUUACGAACUCGCUCUGCACUUCAAUCCUCGCUGUGCGGAGGCAUGCAACAACCUGGGAGUAAUAUACAAGGAUAGGGAUAAUCUCGACAAAGCCGUUGAAUGUUAUCAAAUGGCCUUGUCAAUUAAGCCAAAUUUCUCCCAGUCAUUGAAUAACCUUGGAGUUGUCUAUACGGUUCAGGGCAAGAUGGACGCUGCUGCAAGCAUGAUUGAGAAGGCCAUACUUGCAAAUCCCACUUAUGCUGAAGCAUAUAAUAACUUAGGUGUUCUUUACAGAGAUGCUGGAAGUAUUACAUUAUCUGUACAGGCAUAUGAAAGAUGCCUUCAAAUUGAUCCUGAUUCACGAAAUGCUGGUCAGAACCGUUUGCUUGCAUUGAACUAUAUCGACGAGGGCUCAGAUGACAAGCUUUAUGAUGCUCACAGGGAAUGGGGAAAGCGCUUUAUGAAAUUGUAUGCACAGUAUACUAGUUGGGAUAACCCAAAAGUCGCUGAUCGUCCACUGGUCAUUGGUUAUGUGUCUCCUGAUUUUUUUACUCACUCCGUGUCCUACUUCGUUGAAGCCCCCCUUACACACCAUGAUUACACAAAUUGCAAGGUGGUCGUCUAUUCUGGUGUUGUGAAGGCAGAUGCCAAGACCCUUCGAUUCAAGGAUAAGGUGUUAAAAAAGGGCGGGGUCUGGAGAGAUAUAUAUGGUAUUGAUGAAAAGAAGGUUGCUACCUUGGUCAGAGAGGAUAAAGUGGAUAUACUUGUGGAACUUACUGGUCAUACAGCAAAUAAUAAACUAGGAACAAUGGCGUGCUGUCCUGCUCCUAUUCAGGUUACAUGGAUUGGUUACCCUAAUACGACAGGUUUACCAGCAAUUGACUACAGAAUAACAGAUUCAUUGGCUGAUUCUCCUAAUACAAACCAGAAGCAUGUUGAGGAGUUGGUGCGCCUUCCUGAAAGUUUUCUUUGUUACACUCCUUCUCCAGAAGCUGGGCCAGUUUGCCCCACACCAGCAAUUUCAAAUGGUUUCAUCACGUUUGGUAGUUUUAACAAUCUAGCAAAGAUCACACCGAAAGUUAUGCAAGUUUGGGCCAGAAUAUUGUGUGCAGUCCCUAACUCGCGGCUUGUGGUUAAGUGCAAGCCAUUCUGCUGUGACAGUAUCAGACAGAAAUUUUUAUCGACACUUGAGGAGUUGGGUUUGGAGUCUCUACGAGUUGAUUUACUACCACUCAUCCAUCUCAACCAUGACCACAUGCAAGCAUAUUCCUUAAUGGACAUCAGCCUAGAUACGUUUCCAUAUGCUGGGACUACCACUACAUGUGAAUCUCUUUACAUGGGGGUUCCAUGUGUUACAAUGGCUGGUUCAGUUCAUGCUCAUAAUGUUGGUGUUAGCCUACUCACUAAAGUUGGGUUGGGGAGGCUGGUUGCCAAAACGGAGGACGAAUAUGUUAGCUUAGCACUGGGGUUGGCAUCAGAUGUGAGUGCCUUAGAAGAACUGAGGAAGAGCCUCCGAGAACUGAUGAUAAAAUCACCAGUCUGCGACGGAGAGAGUUUCACACGGGGCCUGGAAUCUGCAUACCGAAGCAUGUGGCAUAGGUACUGUGAUGGGGAUUCACCAGCUCUCAGGCGCCUAGAGGUGCUGGCGGGCGAAGACUUGGACAAGACGGCUGUGAAACAUGCAGAUCUUAAAGCACAGAGAGCGAAUGCUACUGCUGAGGAAGAUAAUCAGUCCCCAAUAAAGAAGGUUGACGCCACGUCCAAGGGAGGUGAGCCCCAAAUAAUGGUGAACCAUGUGAGUUCUCCUGAAGGUAACCAGGCUCUCGUAACGGCGAAGGCGCAGCCCCAAAUGAUGGUGAAUGGUGUGAGUUCACCUCACUCGCCUUCGGGGAGAUGCGAAGCAAAUGGGCAUAGCAGCCGAUGACCAAUGGGAGGCUCCAUUGAUGCAGGCACACACUGAUGUAUUAUAUAGGUUGAGAUUUGCCAUUGAUGUAUCAUCACAAAGUCGCUGCUGGGGGUCAUUAUAGGUGUUCUGGUUGUUGACCUCGGAAACGGAUGUGGUUCUGAAACACUGGUGGCCCCUGACUUGUAGCAGAUGUAAUAUAAUUCGUGGGGGAUGCUUAGUCUGAUUUUUAGAUCAAGGUGUAUGAGUAAAGAGUAUAUGCCAAGUUGAGUUGGCAUGGUAGAAACAGAGAGAAAGGCGUUGGUUGUAUAUGUAGGAACAGCUUCUAGAUUCUCUAAAAUUUAACUGAGGCUAUUUCAACUGUUUA